ACUUUUCAACUGAGCCUGGUUGCCGACAGAUCGCUUGAGAUAGAAGAACUUCCGUCUACAAAUGAAGACUUGGGCACACUUGGCUUUUCUACUUACGUCACUUCUGAUGACAAUCAGUGCAGCUGAUCCAGAAGAAUGGAACGAUGGUGUCAUUUUUGAUCACCUAGGAAUACCCAAGGCAUCGCCUUGCAACGACAGAAGGUGUCUCAAGUACUACAAGGGCGAAUGGCUGACGGAGAAGUGCCCUGGAUCGCGCUUAGUGAGUUACUGCCCCGACACGAACAAGUACUGCUGCGCCAGGAACUGCGUCGUUAAGGAAACAUGCCCGACGGGAGCCUGCGUCCGGAGGAGGUCGAUUGCCCUAAGGGCGUGGUGAAGGAUGGUUGUGGUGGGAAACUGUGUUUCUGCUGCAAGCCCUAGCUCCACCGUAGGCAACAAAACCAAGAGAUUUCAUAACGAAAUGAUACGGUAUUGGAAUCCCUUUCUGAAAAUGUGUCUGUCAAAUACAACUUCUGAAACCUCAUCGAAAGCUGAAGUGACAUAUGAUGACGUAAUUUAGUCUAAAAUUCUGGUGUUUAACAUUGACAUAUCCGAAAAAGUAAAUAAAUA